GGACGGCUGCCCGGCUUCUCUGUUCGUCAUCGCGUUUUUUCCAGCGUCCUCCUGCGUAUGCAUGUAUGCGACCGACGGGCUGAUUUCAUAACGUGGGGAGGAAGAGAGGAAUGGGGCUUUGAGAACGAAUGAGCACCAGACCCGGUCGGCUUUAUGCACCAACUGCGUUAGGCGAUCUCUACUCCCGGGCCAUGCAGACGGUGCGCUAGAGGAGAUGCGGUAGUGGAGGCUGCUGAUGCUGCUGUCCGAUCAGCUGUUAUUUGUGUCUUGAGCAUCAUCGCCGUGACGGCUAGAGAGAUCGAGAUCAAGCUCCGGAGCCAGGCACACCGCAGACCGGAUAACGGAGGAUGGAGUUCAAGCAUCUGGUGGAGGCGGCGGAGAAGUGGUGCUCCGGGAACCCGUUCGACCUCAUCUUCGCCGAGGAGGACGACGAAAGGCGGCUGGACUUUUACGCAGAGCCCGGCGUCUCCUUCUACGUGCUGUGUCCCGGCGGCACCGAUAGUUUCCAUGUGUGGAGCGAGAGUGAGGACUGCCUUCCCUUUCUACAGCUGGCCCAGGACUACAUCUCCUCCUGCGGGAAGAAGACUCUUCUGGAGGUGCUGGAGAAGGUCUUCACGUCCUUCAGGCCUCUGUUGGGUCUUCCAGACAUAGAAGACGACAGUUUUGAGCAUUACCACACUGACAUGGAGGGGGAACCGGGGCCCGACCAACAGCAGAUGGGGGUCAGUCAGCAGUGAUGAGGCCCAAGAAGAGGUCUGCAGCUGGGGCAGAGCCCUGGGUUUCGACUCAUCAUCCCCCAAACACUUAAUUACACACUCUUAUCCAAAUACACACACACACACACGCACACACACAUGCAUAUUUACAGUCAACUUGCUAAAAAUGCACCACCAUGUUCUUGAAUGUCUCAGUGGCUUUGCUUCCCAAAGAGUGCACUCUGUUGCACUUUGUUGACCCCUACUAAAUACACACACACACACACACAGACAUUAGGGCUACGUGAGCUGUAGCCAUGUACAAUGCAAGAAUCAUAAUCAUUCACCAUUUUGUUAGUUAAAGUUCCACAGCACAGCAAUAUUACAUUGGCCUCAGCUGGCUUUGUUAUGCAGAAAAACAGUCAGAUGUUACCGCAAUACACACUUCCCCCGUGGCUUUUGGAGACGAAUGUGACAGAUAACCUACUUUCUCUGCCCGCCUGUUGACACAGAUACAUGAAAGCUAGAUGAAAAAUGAAUGGGUGAAAACUAACGGUUUGUGGCUACGUGAGGCAACCGGAGUGACGCAAGGAGGCAGGGAAGGAGGGAGUUAUAGCAACAAAGAGGGGUAAAAGUUUCCACUUCAUGGAGGGAAAGAAGGAGGGAACUGAGGAGUGAGGAUGUACAUUCGUGACGUAGAUUCAGGUGGGGCGGCUCUGAGAUUAUCCCGUUUUAGUUGCAUAGGUUUUACAGUCAAAAGCAUUUCACACAUUUGCUCCUCAUGUGGAAAUCAAAGUGUGCAGCUUUUACAGUAGCAUGGAUCAUAUUUUGGAGGUGUGUUUCUUAGUGUUUCUGAGAGUUAAAAGUCCCUUUAAAGAGGACGUUUUUAAUCAGUGUUACUAUCAUAUGACCAUCACAACAAAGGCUCACGCUGCAGCUUAAACCCUUCCUUGUUUGGGUGUCUCAUUGUCACAUGACACCCUUGGUUCUUCUGUCCCGUAGUCUUCCUGGUCGCUGGUGGUUCACAGUUUGCCCUUGUUUCUCAGCACAAUCCGAUGAGAUGCUCUUUUAAAUUUAGCCCCACAUCUCUUUUGCGUGUGUUGUUUUGAAUUUCUCUGCUUCUUCCAAGGUUUCCUCCUGACCAUACAUUUAAUAAGUGCACACCCAGACCCCUGAGUGUGAUAUCAGAGGGAAGGGAAAAUAUUUAUUGUCAGACACCCUCUGCCUGCCCUGUUAUUUCUAAUCUGACAGUGUGUUGUUGUACGUCACAUCCAGUGCACUGCAAUGCUUCAGGCCCCUUUCGCCUUCAACCACUCGAUCCACAUGCAAGACUGUAUCAGAUUUAUCUUUAUAUUUAGCCCGUUUACUUUGGCUUGUAAAUGUUUUGUCUUUUUAUUGCCUCUUUGAAUGUUUCUCAUGCAGUGUAUCUUCUGUUUGCCCUCAGAUGUGUGUGAAAUUGUUCAAUAAACCGUGUG